AUGGAGCUUUCGGCAAAUUGGAAGAAGCUGAAAGCCACCCUCAGCGUCGAAGCACCAAAGAAGACGUUACCACAACAGUCUUACCACGAGAGGAAGAUUCUAAAGCGGAAACGGCCCGUCGAAAUUGGCAAAUAUGUUGCGCUUGACUGUGAGAUGGUUGGUGUUGGGCCACUGCCAGAUAGAGAAUCCGCACUCGCUCGAGUCAGCAUUGUCAACUUCAAUGGCGAACAAGUCUAUGACUCUUUCGUUAAGCCGAAAGAGCUUGUCACCGACUGGAGAACGCCAGUAAGCGGAGUUUCAGCAAAAGAUAUGCUGGAAGCCCGCUCUUUUGAGCAAGUUCAAGCCGACGUUUCCAAAAUUCUGGAUGGUAACAUCCUGGUCGGGCAUGCGGUUCGCAAUGAUCUCGAUGCACUUCUUCUUGGUCAUCCUAAACGCGAUAUUCGUGACACAGCGCGCCAUCCACCAUUCCGCAAGUUGGCGGGUGGUGGCUCUCCAAGGCUGAAGAUUCUUGCGGCGGAAAUUCUAGGGAUCGAAAUCCAGAGUGGCGCUCAUUCUUCCGUACAGGACGCCAGAGCUACCAUGUUACUCUUUCGUCGAGAGAAAGAGGCGUUCGAGAGAGAGCAUGCCAAGAAAUGGCCUACGCAGAACGGCAGCAAAUCACAAAAGCCGCGGCAGCCCAAAAAGAAGAAGAAAAAGCGUUGA